AAUAUAAUCUGUAAUACAAUCAGAGGAAAGUUAUACUCAAUAUACAAUAUAAUCUGUAAUACAAACAGAGAAAAGUUAUACCCAAUAUACAAUAUAAUUUGUCAUACAAUCAGAGGAAAGUUAUACUCAAUAUACAAUAUAAUCUGUCAUACAAUCAGAGGAAAGUUAUACUCAAUAUACAAUAUAAUCUGUCAUACAAUCAGAGGAAAGUUAUACCCAAUAUACAAUAUAAUCUGUAAUACAAACAGAGGAAAGUUAUACUCAAUAUACAAUAUAAUCUGUAAUACAAACAGAGAAAAGUUAUACCCAAUAUACAAUAUAAUUUGUAAUACAAACAGGAAAGUUAUACCCUAUAUACAAUAUAAUCUGUAA